AUGGCGUCAUUACUCGCGGAUGUCGGCAAAUGGGUUGCCAAAUUUGCGGCGAAAGAAGCCUGGGGUGCCAUCACAGGGAAGCAAGCCGUGCCAACCGCCGAACUCCUCGAUACCAUCAUUGCCGGACAAAAUGAAAUAGCCCGCCAGAUUGAAAACCUGUCCAUCAAGCUCGAGAUCCUAGAAGCCAUGAGACGUAUUCUUUACUGGUCAAAGCGGAUGGAUGAGAUCAUGGACGAUUUCAAGACUUUAAACGGCGGAGUGAUCGACGAGGCCGACCCAGCCUACGCCGAACUCCUCGCAGCUCUCCGAAACGAGAACCACGGCGUCCGCUAUAGCACCUUUUCCAUCUACAAUGCCAUCAUGGGGCUGCCCGGGCAGGGCGCCGGCGCAAUCUACGUUUGGCACGGACAGGCGUUCCCCAAGCUCAAGGACGACAAAAACCUCUACUACUUCAUGGCCGAUUACGUCAAGGAAAUGGACGACAACCUGGGGCCGAUUGCCUAUCUCUUGCGCCAGGGUCUCGUGCUGAGCCUCUUCACAGCCUACUCCGAGACGGACGCAGAGCGUCUCCGCAAAGAAUGCGAGGAUCGCGUAACCACCAUUGCCGACACGCUGUGUAAUACUCUCUACCCGCCUGGCCUUCGCUUCUUGAAGCCCAGCCUUGACAGUGCCGGCAACCAGGGCGGCAACCAGUGGCAGCGGUGGCAGCAAAAGGACAAGAGCGACUACUUCCUCGUCAUGAAUAACUUUUACAUUCCGUGCCUCGGUAGCGGCAAGAAGCCUACGCAGACGAACAAGACGGAGGCGUGGAAUUUCGCCCUCGAGCAGGACUCUGAGCCCCUUGGUGCGAUGCGAUUCCUGUCUGCUUGGGAUAAUAAAGGGAACAAGCGGCUCCGGUACAGCAAGAUGUACCAGCAGGGGUGGAACAUUGAUUUCUCUACGAGCACGAACAAGGACACGAGUGCGAUUUUGUUUAAGCUGAUACCGCUGGAGGAGAGCGAGGCGGGGAAGCAGCCCCUGUUUCGGUUUGUGCCGUACCUUGAGAGUUCAAAGGGGAUUGUGACCAAUAAUUCCAAGACUUUUAACUCGUUAUUUCUUCCUGUCAAUCCUCAGAGCUAG